AAUCCACAUCAUGAACAGUGAAAUUCGCUUCUUCUUCCCUUGCCAUAUAAAAAAGGGGUAGCUGUGUUUACGUAUAUAAAUCAGCAUAUCAUCAUGGAAGUCUAGCUUUUAAAGAGGAGUUACUAAGGCCAAGCCAGAUAUAUUGUUUCUGUCUUUGAUCUUUUAUUUGUUCUUCUGGUUAAGCCAUUCCAUAGACUGGAUGGCUCUUCAAGUGAAAGAUUUGCCAAUUGAUGUUACCAAAGGAGGGAAGUCCUCAUAUGAUACUAUAUUUGCUAAAAGUUUCAGUAGGUAUGAACAGAAAAAGUUUGGUUAUGGGGCACUUGUUGGUUGUUUCAUCAUCACAUUCAGCUUCUUCACAAUUCUAAAACCCCACCUCAGUUCCCUACCCAUCUUGAAUUUGAAGCCAUCCAUGAUCCCUGCUCUACCUAUGCUAGUGAAGGAAGACACAAGCAAUUCUCAGCAAAUGGCUACAACAAAGAUAUCUGUUUUAGAAGGAGUUGCGGAUCGGAAAGUGAAACAGGAGAUCAUCAAGCCAAUCUGCAAUAUUUUAGACCCAAGAUCAGAUUCUUGUGAAGUCAAAGGAGAGAUCAGAAUUCAUGGGAAUUCCUCCACCAUCUUUGCUGUUUCCUCUCAGAUGAAUUCAUUGGAAGGAAAUGGUUCAUGGGCUAUCAGACCUUACGCUCGAAAGGGAGAUAAUAUAGCCAUGACCCAUGUUAGGGAGCUUUCAGUGAAAACAUUUGGUAGGGAAGGAGCUCCCCGUUGCACUGUAAAUCAUAGUGUUCCUGCCAUUGUUUUCUCCAUUGGAGGAUAUUCAGGAAACUACUUUCAUGACUUCAGUGAUGUAUUAAUUCCUCUUUUCGUAACUUCCCACCAAUUCAAUGGGGAGGUUCAAUUCCUCAUAACUGAUUUAAGAUCUUAUUGGAUUGACAAGUACCAAACAAUACUGAAACAGCUCUCAAGGUUUGAUGUCAUUGACAUUGAUAGGGAUCAUGAUAGUGUUCAUUGCUUCCCACAUGUUAUCAUGGGUCUUAAAGCUAGCAAGGAAUUCAGCAUUGACCCCUCAAAAUCUCCUAAUGGCUACUCCAUGACAGAUUUUGGACAGUUCUUAAGGAGAACCUACUCAUUGAAGAAGGCUACUGCCAUCAAGAUCAGUGAUCAUAUAGAUAGGAAGCCUAGGCUUCUGAUCAUAUCGCGGAAGAAAUCUCGAUUAUUAGCUAAUGAAGGCGAAGUAGCUGAAAUGGCAAGAAGCUUGGGCUAUGAAGUAGUUGUAGAUGAGGCAAUGCCAGAUGUUUCAAAAUUUGCACCUGUUGUGAACUCCUUUGAUGUGUUAAUGGGGGUUCAUGGGGCUGGCCUCACUAACCUUGCCUUCCUUCCUGCCAAGGCAAUAGUGAUCCAAAUAGUACCUUUGGGACUGGAUCGGCUGGCUAUGGAUGAUUUUGGAAAGCCUUCCAUGGAUCUGAAUCUGAGGUACCUGGAGUAUAAGAUAAAAAAAGAGGAGAGCUCCCUAUUACAACAGUAUCCAAUUAAUCAUGCCGUCUUUGGGGAUUCUGGUUCAAUAAAGAAUCAAGGAUGGUUACACUUCAGGUCCAUCUACCUGGACAAACAAGAUGUGAAACUUGAUGUGAAUAGGUUCAGAUCCACACUGUUAGAAGCCCUUGAGCUUCUCAAUCACUAAACUAGAUGGAAUUGUCAUGAAGAUAUCAAGUUUUUCUUGAAAAUAUUUGAACAGAAAAUGGAAUGUAUAUAUAUUGAUUUCA